AUGAAGGGUUCCAUCUUCGCGGCCGCUGCCCUGGUCGGCUCGGCCAUGGCUGAUGCCCACCUGCACCGCCGCCAUGAGGCUAUUCACAACCGUCGCGAUGCCUCUUCCUCUGUCGCCUCGGUCUCUGCCUCUGCCUCUGCUUCUUCUUCUUCUCUCGUCCCUGGCUCUGAGGAGACCUGUGGCUGCACCACCAAGGUCAUCACCUACUACGGCUCCCCGACUCUGGUCCCCAUCGAGUCCACCACCACCCUGACCAGCACCAUCCACUCGACCAGCACCAGCACCAUGACUGUCACCGUCACUCCCUCUGUGGCCGCGGUCUCUUCCUCCGCUGUUCCCACCACCACUCUGGUCCUCCUGCCCACUCCUGGUGUGACUAGCUUCUCCUCCACCGGUACCUAUACCAUCCCGGCCACCACUCUGACUGUGACCGACACCACCACCGUCUGCGGUGCUACCACCACCGAGGUUCCCAGCGGUACCCACACCAUCGGCGGUGUUACCACUGUUGUUGAGACUGAGACUGUCAUCACCUGCCCCUAUGCCACCGUCAAGCCUACCGGCACCACCGUCACCAGCGUCAUUGAGACCACCACCUAUACCUGCCCCGCUGCUGGUACCUACACUGUUGUUCCCGGCACCGUCACCACCGUUCCCACCAGCACCGUGAUUGUCUACCCCACCCCCCAGACCAUCACCCCCGGCACCUACACUCAGACCGAGACCGUUGUCACUGUGACCCGCACUGACUACACCUACGUCUGCCCCUACGCCACCAGCGGCCUGGCCAGCAACACCGCCCCUGCUGUUGCUGCCACCACCACCGCUGUCCCUGCUCCCGUUGCCACCUCCUCUUCCUCCUCUAGCUCCGCUGCUGCUGCUACUUCCAGCACUGCCAGCUCCGGCUCUGGUGUCACCGGUGCCGGCCAGUACGGUAUGACCUUCUCUCCCUACACCUCCAGCGGUGCCUGCAUGUCCCAGUCCGAGGUCCUUUCCAACCUCCAGGUCAUCAAGAACAAGGGCUUCAACCUGGUCCGUGUUUACUCCACUGACUGCAACGGUCUUGAGAACAUUGGCUCUGCCUGCAAACAGCUCGGCAUGAACAUCAUCAUGGGUGUCUACAUUGACUCCACCGGUAUCUCCGGCGCCCAGGAGCAGGUUGAUGCCAUUGCCAAGUGGGCCCAGUGGGACAUGGUUGAGCUGAUCGUUGUCGGUAACGAGGCUGUCUCCUCCGGCUACUGCUCCGCUUCCCAGCUCGCCGGCUUCAUCAGCUCCUGCAAGUCCACCUUCCAGGCCGCUGGCUACACUGGCCACAUCACCACCACCGAGCCCAUCAACGUCUGGGAGCAGUACGGUGCCUCCACCCUCUGCAGCCCCGUCGACAUUGUCGGUGCCAACAUCCACCCCUUCUUCAACUCUGCCGUCACCGCCGAGAAGGCCGGUGAGUUCGCUCUGGAGGAGCUCAAGGUCCUCGAGGGCAUUUGCAACAAGGAUGUUGUCAACUUGGAGACUGGCUGGCCCAACGCUGGUGACGCCAACGGUGCCGCCAUUCCCGGUGUUGCCGAGCAGGAGACUGCCAUCAAGUCCAUUGUUGCCGCUCUUGGCUCCAAGUCCAUCUUCUUCUCCUACGCCAACGAUGACUGGAAGAACCCCGGUGCUUACAACGUUGAGCAGCACUGGGGCUGUGCCUCCGUCUUCUAA